UACAGAAGUCUUACAUUGGGUUCACAUACAGUGUCCAGGAACCUGCAACUCACAGAGGAGGAAUCCAGUGGAAGAUGCCUCUCAAAAUAAGCUCCUUUCCCAGGCUGAUGAAGUGUCAAUAUCUUAUUUUAUAUUUCUUCUGCUUCCACACUGGAAAAGUGAUCGUUGGAGGUGAAUUUAUAUUUUGUGGAUACCUACAAGGCAACAUUAAUACGUCUCAUCACGAUAUUGACCCUGGGCCCUGUUCUCUGAAAGUGUCCAUAAACCCAGCUGGCUUAGAAAUAAAAGCUCAUCUCAUUGAGAACGGUCUCUCAAUCUGUACAGAAGAUGUUGCAGCAACUAGAUCCAAUGCUUUGUCAGAAAUCUGCAUCACUUGGAAAGAACGCGUUGACCAACUGUUCAUAACCCGUGGCGAUGUUGUUAAAUCCUAUUCAACUGCCAUGGCCACUGGAGCGAAAUGUUGUCAAAAUUUCAUUCUUACUAACAGCAUUUCAAGUAAUGAUUCAUCGCUGCUGAAUGAUAUCAUUUACAUCAAUGGAACAGACUUCAGUCCUGUUCACAUCAAAAAUGCUUCUUAUUUACAAUUUACAGGAUCUGAAGGAGCAUGUGAAUCACUAUUUUCUGACUGUACAAAUCAGAAAGAGAAACUGACUCAACUCGCAGGGAAAGGGCCAUUGAAACAAAAUGAUGCUCGUUAUGCAAUUCUACUGACCGACAGAAUCCUGGAGGAAUGCAAUGAGAGCAUUUCAGUCGGCCUGGAGUCUGAGCUAAGUAAGGUAAUGAUGGAAACGGACUUUUCCAAGGACUGUGAAACCUUUGUAACUCCAAAUGUCAAGGCGGCCGUGAUCAAAGUUGGUUUCCAAAGCAAUACAGAAUUUGCUGUUACUGCCAAUUUCUCUUGGAUGGGUCCUGAUGGUCAGAUGAUGUUUGCUGCUGUUCAGUUUCAAUUGGAAUAUAGGCUCAGCCCAUCUCUUCUUCCGAGAGCCGUUCUCACUCAAUUCAAGCAGAAAACCUCACUCCAGGGUCAGGAGAGGAAUCCUGUUUCACCCAGUGUUACAGUUCGAGUCGGGAGACCGAGUAUUGAUGAUCUCUCAACCCCUCUAACAGCUACAUUUCAAGGUUUCACAUGGCAGACAAAUUCUACAUCGUGCGGCUCCAGCGCUCUUGGUGAAGACAACAUCGAUCUGAAUGGAUGUAACACAAAUAACAAUAGAGUCAACACCAUCACCUGCAGUUGUGACCGUUUGGGUUUCUUCUUUGCUGUAACACUGGAAUCGACGGACAUUUUUGCCUUUGUCCCAAGUGGUGAUCCAUUUAAAAUUACAACACAGAGUAAUCAUUCCAGUAAUGCCAAUGUCACUCCGCCAGUGACAGGCAGCCCUUGUGAAACAUCCCUGGAAUCAACAACCAGCAUGCCCUCUUCAACAGAUCUGAAUGAGAGUUGUGAUCAUUUGUUGGCCUGGUUAAAUGAUAAUGAAUUUGAACAAUGCUUGGAUGCAGCUAGAAUAGUGAAUGAACUCAUACAGAGAUGUGACGAUCAAAUUCCUAAUAGCCUGCUGCUGUGCUAGGCUCCCAGUCUUGAGGAGAUACCUGGCUUCCCUCUAACAUUAUAC